CCGCUCCGCCAUGGGCGGCCGGGCGGUGCGGCCCCGCUGACCCCGCAUACUCCGGCAUCCCGGCAUCCCGGACUCCGACACCCCGGCAACUCGGUCCUCCGGCACCCCGGCAUCCCGGCACUCCGGUAUCCCGGUACUCCGGCAUCCCUCUACUCCGGCAUCCCGGCAGUUCGGCACUCCAGCAUCCCGGCAACUCCGCUCUGCUGACCCCGGCUCCCCUGGAGCUCCGGACUCCGCCGUCCCGGGAACUCUCCGUACUCCGUUGAGCCCGGUUCCUCCAUCUCUCAGCACACCGGCAUCCCAGGAACUCCGUGCUCCGCGGUGCCAGGAACUCCGCUGCGCUGACCGCUGGUCCCGGCUCCUCGGGAAUUCGAGCCGCGCUGCCCCCCGGCCCCCGGGCCCCCCGAGGGUGCGGCCAUGGCGUUCAUGGUGAAGAGCAUGGUGGGAGGGCAGCUGAAGAACCUCACGGGCGGCCUGGGCGGCGAGGAGAAGAGCGAGGGCGAGAAGUCUCCGGCCGAGGCGCAGGGCAUGACCCGCGAGGAGUACGAGGAGUACCAGCGGCAGCUGGUGGAGGAGAAGAUGGAGAGAGACGCCCAGUUUGCCCAGCGCAAGGCGGAGAGAGCCACGGUCAGGUCCCACUUCCGAGACAAGUACAGGCUGCCCAAGAACGAGACGGAUGACAACCAGAUCCAGCUGGUGGGAGGUGACGUGGAGCUGCCCAAGGAGCUGGCCAAGAUGAUCGAGCAGGACAACGAGGAGGAGGAGGAGAAGAACUCGGUGAUCGGCCAGCUCAGCAACAUCCAGAACCUGGACCUUGAUUCCUUGAAGGACAAAGCCUCGGCCACGCUAGAGGACCUGAAGCAAUCAGCGGAGAAGUGCUCCGUGAUGUGAUGGGGCUGAGCAGGGAGGGGACGCAGAGCAGGCUCUGGCGGGGGCUGCUGCCUGCAGCGGGGACCCCAGCCCCGUUGUCACCCUUGCCGUGUGUCACUCGGCUCCUCCUGACCCAGAUGUCCCUGAUGUGUGGCUUUCGUUUCGUUCUCCGGGCUGAGGUUAGAGCCAGGAGCCAGCAUGUUCCCCCCGUACCCCAAGGCCUCCCCCCGUGCCCGGGCAGGGGGUGUCCGCAGCCAGAGCCGGGGAGGUGGCGGGGAAGGAGAGUGACCUUGGAGAGUGACUGACCUUGCAGUGUGACUGACUGACUGACUGACUGACUGACUGACUGACUGACUGACUGACCAUGCAGUGGUGGCCCCACGCUGCGGCUCUGCCUCCACCUUCCCACUCGGCCUCCCAGGAACGAGCGGGAGGCUCCGAUUGCCUCGCAAGGACGAGGCAGGGUGUGGAGCACCCCCCUCCCCGUGUCCCCUCCCCAUCACCCGUGAAACACCAUCCCAUCCCUGCCAGGAACACCAACCCCUGUGCCCUUGAGGACCCCUCUGAAGGAGCCAGCCGGGAAGGACCUGCCAUACGAUCCCUGUGGGAAGGGGGGUGCUGAAGCCCUGAAUUGACACCAGAGAGGAACAAAAGCCCUCCCUGGUGCUGAGCUGAGCCCGCAGCAGCCCUUCCCCGGAGCAGCGGUGUCCCUCUCCUGUGACGGGAUCCUGUCCUUGCUCCUUCCAGGAGAAGAACAAAGCCAUGAGGGAAUAGCUCCCCGUCCUCCCGCUCGUCGUGCUGUGGUCGUGCCGUGCUCGGUUGAGUGUCCCUCACCUCCUGUGCUGUCCCCGUGCCAUGGUACUGUUAUACCGGUGGAAUAAAUACCAGGAGAUGUCUAUGCA